AUGGAGACCCGAGCCCAUCCUCCCAAGCGUGUGUCGCAGGACCCUGCGCUCGGGGGACGGACUGUUCGCCUUGAGGCGCCAGACGAGCUGGCAGGCAACUGGGAUGGCCCGGUCUACGCGACGCUGUCGAGGGAGACCAAGCUGCUUCAACCGACUGACCGCGGACCGUUUUGCCGUGACGAGCCUCCACGCGCGCUGCAGGAGCACGUGGACGUGCAGUUCUGGAUCCCUCACUGGAGGCUGACGCUCCCAAGCCGCGACCUCUCGGGCGAGCUGCUGGAACGACCCCUGCUGUCCCUCUUUCGCUUCGUGCGGGUGGUGGCGUACUCACCUGCCUCUUCGCUCGUGCUGGUGGAUGAGAUUGACGUUCUCCUGGAGCCUGGCUCCGGGUUCAUCUGCUACGUGGCCAUUCGGCACUUCGUGAGUGAAGCCCGGCAGAUCGUGGUGGUCCCUUUGGACGACGUGCGCGUCAACCACAUCAGCUGCGCCGAAUACGUGCUCGGAUUCCGUCACCGGCGACCUCAACCUACCUCGCCUGGCGAGUUUACGAACCUGUGGAAUAGUAUUCCUGCGCUCAGUAAUAAUGAUGCAUCGACGGUUAUGCAGCAUAUUGCCGCAGCUUUUCCCUCUACUGUGUCGGACCUUUGCGCCGGCCGGCGCCUUCCUGAAAUGGACGUCGACCAGGAGAGCCUCCCACCGCCAGUCCUCCCUCUGUUGACAUCGGACGAGACGCGGCUGACCCCGAUUGACGAGCUCUCCCUCUUGGCCAGGCCGAGUGACAACCGGACAAUCCGCUUGUUCGUGUUUUACUCGAGCAGCAGAGGGCAUCUAUGGAAGCCACGCAAGCUAUGA